ACCCACAUCCUUGCGGAAUGCCCCCGAACGAGCAGACACAGGCACCUACUAGGACGCAGCAACCAGACCAGGUUCAGAACCCUCGUAGGCAGAGUGAAAGGUGUAGAGAGACUCUCGUCCUUCAUCAAAAAGUCCAGAACAGGCGACAAGCCCAGAUCCGACAAUCGACCCAGGGAAACAUUGCGACUCCUGAGAUAAGGGACGCAGGUUAGACCAGGAAGCGCAACGGACUCAGUAAGGAAACACGACACAGCUGGAGAAUGGAGAUGGAUGAAGGGAAGAGGCGAUCGAGGUACUGAGGCGGGCAGGGUGAACAGACAGACAAGGGGAUGAGAGCGUCAAAAAUUUUUCUUUCUUUUUAUCUCUAUUAUCGACAACACGACAACACCCACAGAUACCACAAACCCCGAGGAUCACUAUCACCCGACGAUACCACCCAGACUACCCACACACUAUGUAUAGAAAGUCCCUCAUGUACGCCACGGUGUACCGAUGGGACAGCCGCACUGCCAUGUCAUCACGAGGCCGCGGGGUAUUAAGAUAGAUUUAU